GCUCCGGAUGCGCAGGCUCAGUGGCCAUGGCUCAUGGGCCCAGCCGCUCCGCGGCGUGUGGGAUCUUCCCGGACUGGGACACGAACUCGUGUCUCCUGCAUCGGCAGGCGGACCCUCAACCACUGUGCCACCAGGGAAGCCCAGUGAAAUGGUUUUUAAGGCAACAAUAGAACUAAAACAUUUAGUUUUGUUGUACAUGUUGUCCAUGGUUUUCAGUUUUGUUAUCUAGUUGCUCUGUCUGUUUUUAUGUGGGAAUUGGAGAGAUCCUAAAACAACGUCCUGUAAUACCCUUUGCCAAAACCUUCCCAGAAUCCGCUCUGACAUUAGAUUAUAAGUUUCUUCUAGGAUAGACCUCAGUCAAGACCUAUGAAACCAACAGGAAAUGUAAUUCAGAACCAGAACAGAACAUAGGGAAUUUACAGCUUCUGCCUAUGAACUUUGGUCUGUUAAUCAGCCCUGUAUGAAAAUAGACUCUCCUCUCCACAUUUUCUGCCCCAACCGCAUCGCAGUUCACAGUGAGAAAGUUAAAAACCCAUGAGUUAGAUGUUAGUUUCCUGGAUAACGCCGGGCACCCCAAUUCUCCAGAACCAGGUUGGUAGGAGCAUCAAUUAAAAUUUCCAACAAUCAUAACUCUUUCAAAAAAAGUCAGAGUGAAUCACGUGGGUACUGCAGGCAAGCUAAUAGUCUGGCCCAUUUAAAAGCCACUCAUUCAUUCAUAAAACUGUUUAUUGAAUGUUUAUUAUGACCCAGGCACCUAGAUAUUAGGACAAUAUACACCAGGAAUUAAAGGAAACAUCCCCACUCUUGAGGAAGUUAAAUUCAGGUGGCUUCUGUUCUUUAAAUAUUUGUCCAGUGGUCUUUCUACUGUUACCUGAGCAUGCUCCUUGGGAGUUGCCCACCUCAUUUCCAACUCCCUACACAACUUUCAGCACACUCUCUGAAGAGUCCUGGUCAAUACCAUUUUAUUCAUUUCAUUACUUUUUCAGGAAUGGCAGAAAAUCCCUUGGAAAUUGGUUUCUCCAGAUGCUGCCCAACUAGUCUUUCUUUUAAUCCAAUACUAAUUUCAGAGUCACCAGCGUUAAAACCAAAAUGUGGCAGGCAGUUGAGGGGAGUCAUGAAGUGCUGGAUUUAAAUUAUUUUCAAUUAAAAAUGAAAGUUACUUAGGGAGGUACUUUAACAUUUCCAAUCACCACAGAAUUCUGUAAGGGGCUACUUCGUUAGAUUAGUAAGAAUUUUGGACCUUUGUGUGUAUAGGAGGGUAGGGAGAUGAGAGGAAAAGGAGAUGAGUAAUGGAGGUUGUUAAAAGAUGAAAAGGGCAAGAAUGAAACCCAUCUUCUCAACACCAACAAUUUAGGCAAAUCUAGUAUUUUAGUAGGUUCUUCAUGUGCAACCUGGAAAUGUACAUUAACAGGAAACUUUCUACCUACUCCUUGACUCUCCUUUUCCCAUCCUUGUGUCUGCUGGGAUCUGCAAGUGGGUGGAAGACAUUGUCAUUGUUUAUAAUGCUCAUAAGCCUGCAUGGAUGUGAAUGACAUAUAUUUAGAAAUCAAAAUAAAGCUUUAGGAAGAUCUUCAAUUUAAUUGAAACUAGUCUAGUCAUUUGGGAACCACAAGAGCUUUUUAGGGAAAAUCUGCUUCUGUAAGCUGGAGGAAGUGUGGGUGUACUGGAGUCCCGGUCACACCUUGUGAUGUCAGUCACCCCCAGGCCGCAGCUGAUUGGCUGGGAAGAGCCGAAGCAGAGUUUAAAUUCCUGCACCAUCAGAGAAGUGUUCAGAACGUCAACACAAGAGUGGCUUCAUUGUCACAGAUUUCCUCUGUGAGAACAUCAGCCUGAUUGUUGAGACAUUUGGGGCAAAGUCUUUGUGAAACUGAAGAAGAAGUGUGUGUCUUCCACAGCAGAGUGGGAGCUGUGGUCAUGCAAUGCUUUCUGCAUGACAUCUAGAAGAUCCCACGUGUAAUAGCAACACUUCAGGCACUCCUCUUCUUCAAGAGCUAUAAGUUCUGGUAGAGGUGACAUACCCAGCAAUGAGGACCAGCAUCCUGCUUAUGUUCUUGUGGGGAUUGUCCUGUGCUCUCCCAGUAGCCAGGUAUCAAAAUACUGAAUCUAAGAGUUCUGAAGAAUGGAAGGGUCUUUUGGCUCAGACACCAACACCACCUUUGGAGAGAAGUGAGUCAUCAGAAGAAAGUAAAGUUAGCUCAAAGGAACAGGUAAAUGAAGACCCCAGUGACAGCACUGAAUCAGAGGAGGGCCUGGGCCUUGAUGAUCCGCAAUCCAUUCAUAGACCAGCUGGUGGCCUUUCUAGGAGCGGAGGAAAAGAAGGAGAUGAUAAAGAUGAUGAUGAAGACGAGAGCGGAGAUGACACCUCAGCUGAUGAUGACAAUGGCCCAGGACCCGAAGAGAGGCGAGGAGGGAACUCCAGACUCGGAAGCGGUGAGGACCCCACUGACAGCACACAGUCCACGGAGGAUGGUGUCCCACGGGGGGAAGACAGUGCUCAAGACACCACCAGUGAGAGCAGGGACUUUGCCAGUGAGGACGAGGGGCACAGCAGGCCUGAGGGACGUGACUCCACUCCAGGCAGCGAGAGUGCAGAGCAGUGGGUGGGAGGCGACAGUGAGGGAGUCGGUAGCCACGGGGACGGCUCUGAGUUUGACGAUGAAGGAAUGCAGAGUGAGGACCCCAACACCUUCAGGAGCGAGAGAAGCAAUUCAAGAAUAAGCAGGGCCAGCAUCAAGUCAAAAGAUUCGAAAGGGAGCAAUGGGCAAGCAAGGACUCAGGGUUCCGGUGAAAGCCCGUCAGUGGGGUAUCCCAGUAGGAAAUUUUUCAGAAUGUCUCGCAUCUCGGAGGAAGAUGGCAGAGGUGAGCUUCAUGAUAGCAACACCAUGGAAGAAAGCAAGAGUGACUCCGCAGACUACCCCGACUCCAAAGAAGCUGGUCUCAGCCCAUCCAGGGAACACAGCGAGAGUGAAUCUCAACGAGAGAGCGAGGAGGGUCAGUCCCCAGAAGACAGUCAGGACGUCCAAGACCCCAGCAGUGAGUCCAGUGAAGAGGGUGACCUGCCUUCUCAAGAAAGCAGUAGUGAAUCUCAGGAAGAGGUCGUGCGUGAGUCCAGGGGUGACAACCCCAAUAACGUUACCAGUCACUCAGAAGAUCAGGACUCCAGUGACUCCAGUGAUGAGGACAGCUCGGAUAAACCCUCCAGUUCAGAGAGCAGAUCCAGAGAGGGGCAAACCGACAGCGAAUCCAGUGAGAGCCUCAGAUCCUCGGAGGAAAGCCCGGAGUCCACCGAAGAGGAGAACAGUUCCAGCCAGGAGGAGCCCUGGUCUCCCAGCGCCUCGACAGAGAGCCAGAGCCGGGAAAGCCAGGAGGACAGCCCGUCUGAGGAGGAGCAGAGCAGCGAUUCCCAGGACAGCAGCAAAUCAGAAGAAGAGAGCGACUCAACUGAGAGCACAUCAAGCAGCGAGGAAGACAUCCAGUCCAGAAACACCGAGAUAGAAAGCAGAAGGUUGACAGUCGAUGCUUAUCACAACAAACCCAUCGGAGAUCAGGACGACAAUGACUGCCAAGACGGCUACUAGCACGGGCGUUCCUGAGUGCCUCUCACAGACACGUGUCUUGGGGGUUGGAGACUAGGGAAAUCAUGAGAACUGUAAUUUAUUGAUGUUUGUAUCAGAAGAAUAACCAGAGACCACUCCUUUAUGAAAGGAAAUACUGGACCUUAUACUUCUUUCUAGGAUGUCACCAAACCAUAGAGGUUUCAAUAAUGGGGAAUUUCACUAGAAUACCCUCAAUGAGACCUGACGCAAGGAAAGAUGUGCAUUAUAGCUUCACAGCUGAAAUAGUUCCUAACUCAUUAACCUAACACACCGUUACUGAGAUUCUGUGAGGUACCAGGCACUGUGCCAGGUGCUGGGGAUAUAAAGAAGUUAAGACUUAUUUCUUGCUCCUGAGGAGCUUAUGGAGGGAUAAAUAAAGCGAAAGAGGGAUACGUAGGACAGAAGCAAGAAUUACUACUAUCCAAUGAGGUGAGUCCUAUAACACAGGUGUGCACAGAACACAUGGGAGCACAGAGCGGGGACCAACUUUGCCUUAGAGAAUCGGAGAAGGCUUCACAGCAGAAAAGACACUGGACUUGGAGCACUGCAUAGGAUUUCUCCAUUUAAGAAAAGACAGUUCUAUUUAUUCUUGGUACAGGCAAUAGAAAAUCCUGUAUGAAUAAAUAUUUAGUUUGUGAAAGCACUUUCAAAUUAUGGCAUGGUGAGGUGUUUUGGAUAAGCAAAACUUUUUUUUCAAUUAAUUUAUACUUUUCAAUGUUUUUUGUGGUGCUCCAGUGAGCAUCACCUCCCUGCCCACUGGUGAUGAUAUGGAGGAAUGGUUUGGGAAGAGUGAAAAAGAAAAUUCCUCUUUAAAUAGACAACUUUCAGCUUACUUUUUUCUAAGACCAGUCUAUGUGCAAUGUUAGAAAAACUGUUCUCAGAGUCCUUUGCCUGGGUCGCACGUAGCAAAAUUGUGUGUAUAGAAUUCAACUGAUUUUUGCCAAAUACCCUUUGAAAUGUUACCUCAACAUAAAAUAUUUGUUUUGUAAUAAAGAUAAUAAU